AAGAAACAAUAAUAAUUAUUUUUCUCUUCAUGAAUAUUAAUAACUAUCCUCUCAAUCAAAGAAACUUCUCAGUUCCUUCCGUUUGUUAUAACUAAGGAAAAAAAAUGGCUGAGGCCAUUGUUUGUCUUGCCAUUGAGAGAAUUUCUAACGUCCUCAUCCAUGAGGCAGGUUUUCUUCAUGGUUUGGAAGAUGAAGUUUCGCAGUUGCAACUUGAACUUAAGGAAAUGCAGCUUUUCUUGAAAGAUGCAGACUUCAAGCAAGAAAAGGAUGAGUGCAUUCGCAAUUGGGUAGCUGAAAUUAGAAAUGUCGUUUAUGAAGCUGAGGAUGCUGUUGAUACUUUUCUCGUUAAUAGUGUUGGUAAAGGUGUUGGAAUUGCUUCAUUCAUCAAUAAACUUGCCUCUAUAUUCACCAGAUAUUAUCAUCUCCACGAAAUGGAAAAACAAAUCAAAUCACUCCAUAUUAGGAUUUGGGAUGUUACCAAUAACCUUCAAGCUUAUGGAAUCAAAUCUAUUUGUGAAGAAGUCGGGACGAGUUCUACCCAUCUGAGAAGAUCACAUCCACAUUUUGAGGGAGAAGAUGUUGUUGUGAAGUUGGAGAUCACUACUUGGGAAUUGAUGAGCAAAUUGUUUAAGGAAGAAGCACAAGUGAGUAUUAUUUCUAUUUUUGGCCUAGGAGGAAUUGGUAAGACAACUCUUGCAAAGAAAAUUUACAAUUCUGUUGCUGUUAAGAAACAUUUUGAUAGUCAUGCUUGGAUUGUCAUUUCGCAAGAAUUUUCAUUAAAGGAUGCUUUAUAUGAAGUCUUGACUCAGGUUGGCUCUCCUGUGAACAUGGCUGAAAAAGAGAAAGACUUAAUUUUUAAGGUCUACAGUGUUUUAAAACAGAAGAGGUACUUGGUAGUUAUUGAUGAUAUUGAUGAAAUUGAGACUUUACAUAGUUUGAAAUCUGCUUUACCUAAUGGAAGUAUAGGGAGCAAAAUUUUAUUCACCACACGUAACAAAGAAGUUGCUAUGCAUACUGAUCUUUAUGUGAUUUCUCCAAUUGAGCUACCAUUUUUGACAGAUGAUGAAAGCUGGAAACUUUUCUGCAGUAAAGUGUUCGCAGCAAAUAUUCUUGAACAGCAUAGUUUCUUGCCAGAGUUUGAAAAGCUUGGAAAGGAGAUGGUGAAACAUUGUCAAGGAUUGCCUCUAGCUAUUGUUUUACUUGGAGGCUUAUUGGCAACAAAGAAGUCGCUAGAGGAAUGGGAGGCUGUGCAAAGAAAAUUGGAACUAGAAAUCAGCAAGUCACACCAUGGAGUGCAUGCCAUAUUAUACAUGAGUUACCAUGAUUUACCAUUUCGCUUAAAGCCAUGCUUUCUUUAUCUUUCUCAGUUUCCUGAGAAAAAGCAUAUUCAUAAAACAACAUUAAUUAGGAAUUGGAUUGCAGAAGGUUUUGUGUCAAAACCAUUAGAUGGAGAAGAAGAUGAGACAAUAGAAGAUGUAGCAGAACAAUAUUUAGAAGAACUAGUUAGUAGGUGCAUAGUUCAAGUACACGAAAUGAAAUACACUAAAGUAAGUAUAAAAUCUUGUCACAUUCAUGAUCUUAUUAGAGAUAUGUGCUUGUCAAAGGCAAGAGAAGAGAAUUUUCUUGGUGUCAUUAGACGCCAUGUUUCGGAUUAUCCUGGUACUAAUCAGAAUUUGCAGUUAACAACACGAAGAGUUGCUGCUCAUCUUAGUGCAGACCGACAAAUUGAUAUUGCAAUUUCAUAUAUACCAAUGUUGGAAGGUGUUUGUUCUCUUUAUUACUUCAUUAGAAAUAAUGACUACAUCUUAAUGACAAAGCAGCAAAAAGAUUUUGUUUUCAAGAAUUUUAGACUACUACGAGUAUUGAAUCUGCAGAAGCUAAUUGUAAUAUACCUCCCUCAAGAAAUUGGUAAUAUGAUUCACUUGAGAUAUCUCGGAUUACGAGAAACUGAACUACGAGGACUAUUGCCAUGGUCAAUAGGUGAUUUGAAGAAUUUAUACACUCUUGAUGUGAGAGAUAAUUAUUGGAUAAGCUUCCCUAAUGUAUUCUGGAAAUUAGAAAGUUUAAGGCAUUUGUUAGUAGACAGAACAGUUGCAAGAAGGUUUAGACUGGACACGUUAACAGAACUUGAGACUUUGAAGUGGAUAAAAGCAAAGAAUCUGAUAAGAAGAGAUGCAAUGUCCAAAUUGAACAAUAUUAGAAACAUAGGAAUUGAAUUUGAGAAAAUAGAGGAAGCAGAUUUAAUUCUAAACUCUCUUAUCUUCGCAUCAGGUCGUCUUCGCUCCUUGAAAAUGUUGAUGUUACCAGGAGGUUUAUUUCCAAGUUUAGAACCACUUUCUAGUUGCCAGAAGCUAAUUAAAGCAAAGUUAUAUGGACAUAUACUAGAAGACUCAAAUUCUCUCCAUCAUAACUUGGAAUUUCUACCAGCAAGUCUUUCCAAAUUAGGAUUGUUCGGUUCCAAGUUAAAGCAGGAUCCAAUGGUUAUACUAGAAAAGCUGCCUAAUUUAAGAUUUCUGGCAUUAGAUGAAGAUUCAUAUCAAGGGUCUAAACUGGUUUGUUCUGCCAAUGGAUUCCCUCAACUCGAAAGACUUCAUAUUCGUCGGUUGAAGGAAGUAGAAGAAUGGAUAGUAGAGGAAAAUGCAAUGAAAUGUCUAGAGACUUUAUGUAUAAUAAGAGUUCAGAAAUUGAAAAUGCUACCUCAAGGAUUGAAGUCUAUCACUACUUUACAACAACUGCAAAUCUUUUGGAUGCCAGAAGAAUUUAAGAACAGGAUUCAAGUUAUCGAUGGAGAAGAAGGGGAGGAUUUCGACAAGAUUCGCCAUAUACCAUCCAUAUCUAUGCCUUAUUAAUUCUUGGAAAAACGUAUAAAAAAAAAAAAACAGUACAAGUUUUUCAUCAAAACUAGCAAUUUUGACAGAACAUGCUAAUUCAUAUAUCUCCUGCAUACUUCACAAGCAAUGUGGAAUCUCGAAGGAAACUAUAGCAAUUUUGACAGAACAUAGCAAUUCAUAUAUCUCGUACAUUCUUUACAAGUAAUGUGAAAUCUCGAAGGAUUAGCUCCACGCACCACAACACUGAAAGAACCACACCACACAUAAAUAUUGUGAUGUGGAAUCCUGAAGGAGUCCUGACAAAUUUUCUUUGUAUAAGCUUAAUAUUGCAAUUUGUGGGUCAAUCGUUGUUUCUAAUUUUGGAAUUAAUAGCUCUUUGUAAA